AUGUCUGAUCCGUCGAGUCCUGGAAACGGCGGCGGUCAGCCACUACAACCCGUGUCUCUCAACACACCGCGCGACUCGCACCUUUUCUCACCUAACCAACAGGAGCGCAUGAUGAUGAAGCUGGGCGAGAGCGCACCAGCCCGCGACAGCUCGGUGCACGAGAGAGUCCACCAAUACAAUGCUAUGGAGCAGCAGAAGAGGGCGCUUGAGCGCAAGGCAGCUGAUGCAGCGAUGCAGCGUGCGGCACUGCAGCGCGCCAUACUGGGUCGCGAGGAGGCCGAGGCGGAGAUGCGCCGGUAUCAGGAUGAGGCGAACGGUCUUAAGGGGCAAUUGAAAGAGAGUAAGGAGCGGGAGACGGAGGUUACGAAGAGGUUUAAGGAGUUGAAGGUACGUUUUCUGCACCAACAACAGGAAAACUACGACCGCUUUAAAGAAAUGCACCUACACGCCGAAGACAAUUGGAAACAACAGGGCCGCCGCGCCCAUAAAGAGAGAUGCAAGGAGCAGAGUGCGCUGGUAGGGGCGCAGAGCGCGCUGGCCAAGGCGCAGGAAGAGUUGAAAAAUAGCCUGGCAGCUCAGAACGCCGCUGAGGAACAGCUUUGCGCUGAGCGUGACCGUGCCGACGUCCGUGAACAGGAGGCGUUUGACGCGCAGUCCAACAUGAUCGCACUGCAGGAGAAGCUGGAUCGGGCGCUGGGCCGCGCCAAGAUGCUAGAGCAGGAGCUGGAGACCAUCAGGGUGCUGUCAAGGGAGGAGCGCAAGGUUACGCGUGCUGCAUCGGAGAGCGAGCAGGAAAACUCAGACAAGCCCCGGAAACGCGCCCGGCGGUCGUCGGUCUCAGAGUUUGCGAGCGGGGAUCCGGAGAUCGAAACCAUGACGAUGUUGUGGGAGUGGGAGAAGCAGCGCGCAAACCGGGCGCUCGAGCAGGUGGACUUCCUCCAGGCCGAGUGCGAGCUCAAGAUGUGUGCCGCCAGCAAGGAUCUGCGUAGGAUGUCAGUGCAGCGGUCCAGCACGCGCAAGCGGAACAGCAUGCUUAUCUCGGACGCUGGAGACACGAUGAUUCUUAGCGAGAGUCGUCCCACUUCGGCGAGCGAGAGUCGUCCUGCUUCGUCUGAGGGCAAACCCGGUUACUCCAGGCGGACCAAGACGGAACUAUACCGGAAAGCGAAGAAGGAGAAGGAGAAGGCGUCCCGGCGGAGCACCAUCUUCCUACCAGAGGAGGGCAUCUUCCGCACCGUCUCGGAGGCGGAAGCCGAGGCCAUGCUUGCUGCCAGGUCGAUUGCUUCGUCAGGUGUUACGGUUACUGACUCCAGCUCAGGCCAGCCCAUCACACCUACUGACAGUGAUCCGCUAUACCGCCGCUCGCCGUCCGUCGAGCCCCCCGAUUUUGCCGUGGGGAACAACAAGGAGCGGACGUCGCUGUUGUCUCUGCUUAACGCGCCCCACCGACAGGAGCCCACACCGGUGUUUAACAUCCCGACCACGCCAGGCCCUGUUGCAGAGGAGCAACAUGCCCACCACCAGCAAGACGAACAAGCGGACGAAGCUGAGGAGAAGGCAUCAACCCUCCUAGCCACAACCUCCCAUUACCCCGCGGAGCACCUCAUCACCAUCCCAGAGCCAACCUCCUCCCUCUCCGGCCCACUCACCGACCCUCUCCCGUCAACCCGUACCUCAGUCCAACAACCCGCCCGCCCCCACACCACCACAGCACACUACCCAACCACAACAACCACCACCAAAGUCCCUCUCCGCUCCGAGCCCACCGCUGACGACCCGCCCACACUCGCCCAGCGUCUCCUCAAGGCCCAGCGCACACCCUCGCGCCAAACCGGCCGCAUCGGCGAGGAAGCCACUGAGGGUGACUUAGAACAACAAGGCGAAGCCGUCGACCCGGACAGGCCGAGCUUCGACGCGUCCAACCCAGCCAUGACGCCCACCAUGACUCGUGAGGAGGCUCUCGCCCAGAUCCGAGAGCGUAGGGGUCGGACGAGGAGUGUGGGGCGUGUAGGUAGCGGGGGGAGUAGCUCAGCCGAGAUCCGUCGUGCUGAAAGCCGCGCUGCUGGCGAUCUCCGUAGAACCGAGAGCCGUACCGCCGGCCGUGAAACCCAUCGCCGCACAGAAAGCAGAGCCACUGGAGAACUCCGCCGUACCGAGAGCAGGACUGCGGGCCAUACUGCUGGUGGUGGAGAAAACGUCCGUCGGAAGGUCUCAGCGGGGACCAGCCAAGGGAGUGCUGCUGCUGAGGGUGUGAGGAGGAAAGUGAGCAGCGGGGAAUUGAGGGGACGGGAUCGCGAUGUGAGACGGGAGGUUAGCGCGCCGAGUGCUACGGGGCAUACGGCUGCUACCGCUGCACGGGCGGCUGCUGGGGUGGGUGGGGGAAGACGGAUUCGUUCGUGA